GUCCUAAUAACUUAUUAGUGGGAUCCAGAUGGAAAGUCCCUGUCUGGAAUUGCUAACCAACUUGAGGGUCAGAGAUUUUUUUGAGAAUCAGAAGAAAGUAAUGAACCCCAGGCCUGGCAGGUGGGGGGACUGGGAGAAGACAGGAAGUAUGUGUGUGCAAACAGGCAAAAGUUUACAUACAGGUAGUUCAUGUCCAAGCUUCAGAAACCUAGCGCUGCUUGAUUCCCUUCAGUUGCAGAUAUUGGUGGCUGGAAUCAAGGGCCAGGCCCAGAAAAGUUUCACAGAAGGGACAUACGUAGGGCCAAAUUGGACCCUCCAAUUCACACCGUGUAUCUCUGAGAUGUGUGUCAAGAUUCAAAGCAUGAUUUAUCAAACGCUUGAUGAUCUCACUCUAUCUUUACUCUGCCAGCGCAUGCCCUCACAUUCUGUCCAAUAAUAACUACCAACAUUCCUAAAUUGAAGUGUAAUACUUUGAAA